AGAUUGUAUCGCAAAAUUCAAAUUAGCUUUAAAUUCUUUAACUAAUUUUUCACGACCUGAGAUUUCAAAUUCAAUCAAUAUCGAAAACCAUGUUUCAUGGAAUUUCGCCGAAAAUGUACAAAUUCCAUAUUCUUCACAGCAAGAAGGAGUAACAUAUUUUAAAUCACUUUAUAAGGUUGAAGUUUUUGGCGUAUGUGAGGAAGCAAUGCCACGGCAG